AUGUCGACGGCCGCGUCGUACCUGUCAGCUGUCUCGAAGGCGGAUGCUCGCGCUCGCAAGCACGGAGCAACUCCCGCGUCGACCCCUGCUCUCUCCAUGUCUUCCUCCAUCACGUCGAGCUCGCAAGACACCGUACUGGACGAGAACAACCUCGACUUCACGGACGGACUCUCCUACCCCCGCGUUCCUCCGAGUUCGGACCAGGUCUUCGCGACGGUUCAUUCUGAGUUCGGGCACUGCGCGAACGAGCAAUACCGCUACACUUCUCAGCACCCCAAGGGAACGCCCUACAAGAGCAUCCCCGAGCAGGAGCCCCCCUAUUACAUCCUCCUCACGACCUACAUAAGCUACAUCCUCGUAAUCUGUCUCGGCCACCUUCGGGAUUUCGUAGGAAAACGGUUCCGUGCGGCGCAAUACAGGCACUUGCUGCCCUGGAAAGGGUAUGCCGCGUUGAACUCGGACUUCGACUCGUUCUACACGCGUCGUCUCAAGCUCAGGAUCGAUGACUGCUUCUCCCACCCCACGACUGGUGUCCCCGGACGCACCAUCGUCCUCCUCGACAGGUACUCUUCGGACUACAACAAGACCAUGGUUCCGACUGGCACGCGCACCCGCGCGCUCAACGUCUCGUCGUACAACUACCUCGGCUUCGCGCAAAGCAGUGGCCCCUGCACCGACGCUGUUGAGACGUCCAUCGAGAAGUACGGUGUUGCGGCGGGCGGAACGCGUCUCGAGGGCGGCACCCUGGAUCUGCACGUGCAGACGGAGGCGCUCAUUGCCCGGUUCCUCGGCAUGGAGGACGCGCUUGUCAGCUCCAUGGGAUUCGCCACGAACUCCACGAUCAUCCCUGCCCUCGUCAGCAAGGGCUGCCUCGUUAUCUCCGACGAGCUUAACCAUGCCUCUAUCCGGUUUGGCGUGCGGCUUAGCGGCGCUAACGUCCGGAUGUUCAAGCACAACGACAUGAAGGCGCUCGAGGACCUCCUGAGGGAAGUUAUCAGCCAAGGCCAGCCCAAGACGCACCGUCCGUGGAAGAAGAUCCUGCUGAUCGUCGAGGGUCUCUACUCGAUGGAGGGGACGAUGGCCAACCUUCCGGUGAUCAUGGAGCUCAAGAAGAAGUACAAGUUCUACCUCUUCGUCGACGAAGCGCACUCUGUCGGAGCCAUCGGUCCCCACGGCCGCGGUGUGACCGAUUACUUCGGUAUUGACCCGCGUUCGGUGGAUAUCUUGAUGGGCACGUUCACCAAGUCCUUCGGUGCCGCCGGUGGUUACAUCGCUGGCAGCAAGGCUGUUGUCGACCGACUUCGCAUCCAGGGACACUCUGGCGCGUAUGCUGAGGCCAUGACGCCCCCCGUCUUGACUCAGAUCGUCGCUAGUAUGGCCAGCAUCAUGGGUGUCACACUUCCUGCAGAGAAGCCGUCUUCCCCAUCUUUGGCCCUCCUUCGCUCGAGCGACUUCUCCCCCGCUAUCUCAGAGUCUGACCUCAUCCCCGGUACUGCUCCUGCAACUGCACUCCCCUCCUGGAUGCCCCUUGCACCUACCAUGGUUGACGGCUCAGAUGGGCUGAUGCGCCUUCGUCGUAUCGCGUUCAACGCCCGGUACCUCAACCGCGGUCUGCGCAAGCUCGGCUUCAUCACGUACGGCAUGGACGACUCCCCCGUCGUGCCUCUCCUUAUCUUCCACCCGGGCAAGAUGGCCGUCUUCAGUCGCCUCAUGCGCACGUACUCAACACCCAUCGUCGUUGUCGUCGUCGGGUACCCCGCCACUCCUCUCGUCACCUCGCGCGUACGCUUUUGCCUCAGCUCAGCGCACACGAAGGAGGACAUCGACACCGUCCUCCGCGCGUGCGACGAGAUCGGCGACGUGCUCGACCUGAAGCAGGCGAGUGGCGAGCGGUGGCCCGUCGAGGAGAUCAUCAGCCGCGCGCUCGAGCUUGUGCAGAUGCCCGAGAUGCCGUGA